ACACGUUAUAUAUUGUAGUAAGGUCGUCUUAUCAGCAGUAUGAAACCUGCUCGCAAUUCAUUUGGUUUUGUUUUUGCUGUUGGUGUAAUCUCUGUGCAGUGAUUCGAUACAGAGUUAAUUUUCGAGUGGUUUUUUUCGGCUUUUAUUGUGAUAAGUUUUUAUUUUAAUUUAUUUAUAGGAAGUAACUGUGAUCUCAAAGUAUGUUAACUUUACGUAAACUAGCCAUUUCGACAUGGCUGUUAUUAUGUUUAACUUCAUUUGUGGUGUGUGUACCUAUGUCACACGUAUUGAAAAUUAAAGAAGAAAACUUAAUUCGAGAAAGGAGGGAUGUUACAGAAACCAGCACCAAACCAGCAAAAAAUGAUACAAAACCGAAUAUAAGUAGUUUUACUGUAACGUCAAAUAUUAAAUAUCGAUAUGCUACCACCGUUGUAUCCAACAGAGUGGCUAAUCCUGCUGAUGUUGCCCAAGAAAUCGCAUUCACAGUUACGUUACCUGAUGCGGCAUUCAUUUCAGGUUUCUUGAUGCAAAUCAAAGAUAAAGUAUACGAAGCUUAUGUAAAAGAAAAAGAAGAAGCCAAAAAAGACUACCAAGAAGCUGUAGAUCGAGGAGAAACUGCUGGUCAUGUAGAAUUAAGCGCACGUGAUUCGAAUGUAUUUACCGUCAGCGUGAACGUUGAGCCACUAAGCAAAGUAACUUUCAAUUUGACUUACGAACAAUUACUCGCAAGGACGUUGGGUCUGUACGAGAAUAUCAUAAAUGUUAAUCCAGGACAGAUCGUAAAAAAUAUGGCUAUCGAAGUCAAUAUCGAUGAAUCAUCGAAUAUCACCGUUUUACAAGUACCUGACUUGAAAACCAGCAACGAAAUCGACUCUACUGAUACGAAAAACAAAUUGGCAACUAUCGAACAAUCUGGUAAAACAGGCAAAGUUACUUGGAGUCCAAAUACCGAACAGCAACAACAACUUUCAAAUUCGGGCGUUAAAGGACAGUUCAUCGUUCGUUAUGAUGUAGAUCGUGUUUCAAACCCAAAUCAAAUUUUGCUAGAUGAAGGUUAUUUCGUCCAUUUCUAUGCGCCGAGUGAUUUGAAAACAUUAAACAAACAUGUCCUGUUCGCUUUGGAUAUCAGUGGAUCGAUGGGAGGAAGAAAAAUUGAACAAUUACGAGAGGCAUUGGUACAAAUUCUGGGCGAUAUCGGCGAAGGAGACUAUUUCUCAUUGAUUUUGUUUUCCGACUCUGUUCAACUGUGGACUUUGAAUGGUACUGUCGGAGAAGCAUCUCCAACUUGGUAUUACAAUGAAGAGAGGACUACUCCUACACCUGAUAUUGAAAUCAGCGAACGCUUCAUUAUUCCUGCCACCAAAGAAAAUAUCGACAAAGCUAAAGUUUUCGCCCAAUCGUUAAAUGAAACCGGAGGUACUAAUAUUAUUGCCGCAUUAAGAAAAUCACUCCAGAUCGCUCAUUGGGGCCAGAAAGAAUUCUCGAAAAAUGCCAAACCUUUAAUCAUUUUCCUGACGGACGGCCAGCCGAAUGUAGAAAUGUCUGAUACUGAUGAAAUUGUAAAAACUGUCAAGAAAUUAAACGUCGACAAAUACCCGUUAUUCAGUUUAGCUUUUGGACAAGGUGCUGAUUAUGACUUCUUAAGAAAAUUAUCGCUAUCAAAUUCUGGUUUUGCUAGAAAUAUUUAUGUUGCUUCGGAUACUCACUUGCAAUUGAAGAAUUUCUACAAAGAAGUCGCUUCACCUUUGUUAUCAAAUGUCAGCUUUGACUAUGUUGCUGGACAGAUCUCGAAUGAAACGUUAACUAAAUCAGUAUUCAAUAAUUUAUUCAACGGGUCGGAAUUAGUAGUAGCUGGUAGAUUGGCCGGAGGUGCAAAAACCAUUAAUGGCAAUCUAACUGGUCAAUCGUCAAAUGGAUUCUUCUGCAUUGAAAUACUACCACCAAUCAUCAUCGAUCAUGAAUUACAUCCCGUAAAUAAAACUAGAGGACACUUAGAAAAAUUAUGGGCUUAUUUAUACAUCAAAGAAUUAUUAGAUAAAGAUUUGCUCAGUGACGAGAAAAAUUCAACGUAUAAACAGAAAGCAUUGAAAUUAUCUCUGGAGUAUUCAUUUGUAACACCAUUGACUUCAUUGGUUGUGAGGAAACCAAACGAAACAUCAAAUGCUGAUGUUCACAAUCAACAAAAUCCUGAAAGUCCAGAUUUGGCAAGCAGUUCGGCACAAAUGAUGCUUCCUUCUUUACAAUCUUACUCGUAUGCUUAUGCUUCGCCUUCUUCACUCGCACAACCUGCAAAUAGGAUUGGCGGUACCUCACUAAAAGUGUCAGCUAACUAUUUGAAUUCAGCCGUUGGUCUCAGAGGUCCGGGCAACCUAUAUUACGCAUCUGCAGCAGCACCUGGAUUGCCAGCUCCAAUGUCGGCAGGACUUCGACCACAAAUAUUGAAACAAAAAUAUGCAACACAUGCAAUAUCGCAUUAUUCAAGUAACUCAAAACCAAACGCUUUUUCGAAUUCAGGUAAUUCCUUUCCACUGCACCAAGUACUAAGAACAUCAGUAAAUCCAUCAGCUGGCGUGAAAUAUAAAAGUACAACUUAUAAUCCUACCACCACGACUUCUUAUCCAAAUUCUUUCCUAGUACAAGAAGAACCAAUUGAAACUACUUUCAUUGCUGAAGCCGAUUCUGAUGUUUUGUUGAAUAUUACCGACAUUGCUUGGCUAAAAAAUGUAACCGACAUCAAGUUCCCUUCAUCAAAUAAUACUUAUUCAGUGGGACAAAGCGAUUUGCCCAACACAGAAUUCCAAACUUGCUUAUUACCUAAUAGCAACAACACUUUGGGACAUUGCCGUCACUUAGCUCAUUGUGUCAUUCGUGAAAUUAUUUCUACUUUUGAAGACUUUGUACCAUACGGAGAACAAUGCGUGAUCGAUGCAAGAUUUGUAGGAAUUUGUUGUCCGAAUAAAUUUAUACCAAAACCUCAAAAUACGACAACUGAAGCUUUCAGUACUACAACAACGGUGCCAACUACUUCUCACGCAUAAUGAUAUUAACUGUAUGCUGAUAUUAUAAUUUUUAUUAUUUAAUUGUUUUUUUGUACAGUUUUGAUACAGCCAUGAAGUGAAUAAAUAAAUAAAUUUUUAUUUUUUACCA